UAGCCAUAUGUUUAAAAUAUUAAUAGUGAUUGUACAACAGUUUGGAUAUAGGAAUUAAAAUGAAACGCCGGUUAACAUUAAAGAAAUCUGUUGCGAUUGUUAUACUGAUUGGAACUUUACUUACAAUAAAUACUUUGUUCCUUUCUGUUACAGUUUCACAUUGGACGCCGCAGUCAUUACAUAUCGUGGCAAAUGUGAACCAUUUAAAACUGGAUAAUAAUGUUCGGGAAUUAAACAUUUCAAGUAAGAUACAUAAUGUAACCCUUGGUACUAAUAGGUCACGACAAACUGACCAGUUAGAAGAUUUCACAAUGUAUAGUCUUGUAGAUCCAAAGGAGCAGUUCGAAACGUCUUUUAAAAUGUUUGGAGAAAAUGAGAAAAAGAAGGCUUUGCUAAUAUUCAACAAGCCAGGGUUCGAAGACGAAGUUUCAACAAAUGAGAGGCUUAAAACAUGUGAAUACAAUAACUGUUAUAUGACGAGCGACAAAUCAUUACUAAAGACCGCCGAUGCCCUCCUGUUUAUAAUUUGUAAAGGCGGCAUGGGUACAAAGCCUCCAAUUGAUACGAAAGACCGCAAUCCUAACCAGGCCUGGAUAUUCAAGUGCGGUGAAACGCCAAUAAAUCAUUUGUACAGUGACUUUAAAUCUCCUGCUUGCAGGAACACAAUGAAUUGGUCUAUUUCGUAUAGAAUUGACUCUGACAUGCCUCACCCUUAUGGUUACUUAAGAACAAGAGUUGUUCCAAGAAAAUUAGACUAUGAAGCUAUUUAUAAAGCUAAGACAAAAACAGCUCUAUGGGUUGUAAGCAACUGCCGUACGCAGAGUGCACGUGACCUAUACGUCGCUGAACUAGUCAAGAACGGCCUAGAUGUUGACAUUUAUGGGCGGUGUGGACCUAACAAAAGAAUUUCCCAAGAAAUUUUACAAAAUAUAAUACCGCAAUAUAAGUUUUAUCUGGGAUUUGAGAAUUCUAUAUGUAACGAUUAUGUUACAGAAAAGUUUUUCUUGUACUAUGAAUAUAACUGGGUCGUUGUUGUGCGAGGUGGAGCGGACUAUGACCGAGUUCUUCCGACAAAAACUUACAUAAAUACUGCACAUUAUUCCAAUACGUCAUCAUUAGUGCAGUAUCUUUUAAAUCUCGCAAAUGACAAAGAUAGGUACAUUGACUUUCUGCGUAGAAAAGAUGUAUACGAGCAGAGAUACGAGUAUGGUCAUAGAUACAGUAUAUGCGAACUAUGCAGACGACUUAAUAACGUGUCUAAGUUUAGAAAAACAUAUGAUAAUAUGCGUGAUUAUCUUGAAAAUGGGCAGUGUAGGAUGCCAACUGAUGUCAAGUCUUCGGCGCAAACCUCGAGAUUUCGAAAACAUGGGCGCGUUUUUGGGCCAAAAUAAUAUCCCUGUAUUGUCUUUCUGGUUUAAUUUUGCAUUUAUUUGUAUGAAUAAAUCCAUUUUAAUAUUUCAA